UCCUCAUUCGUGCUACCUCACUCUUCGCCGCCCUUGCCUCCCCUGCGCUCCCCAACUCCCCACUCCUUCCUCCGCACUCACUCCAUCCUUAGCGCCCCUUCUCCCUCCCUUCUGGUUGCCUUUCCCUCCUCCGUGUUCCCACCUUCUUCGGCAUUCCUCCAUCCUCCGUGGUCCCUCUCCUGCUGACUCCAUCCUCGCUGCCCUCCCUCCCCUGUGCCCUAUCUCCCCGCUUCCUUGCUCCACGCCGCGCCACCUUCCUCUGCAUUUCCUCCCUCCACACCACUGCCCCCCCAGCCCGCGUUCACUACAACCUCUCCUGCCCUCUCUCUGCCGUGCUCCCUCCUCAACCCCCCACCCCUCCGCUCUCACUCUCGCGCAGCGUUCCCUCCUCAAUACGAUUCCGAAAGCGCUCCCUCUCCAUGCCCCUCCCUCGCUGAAUUCUAUUCACUGCUCUUCUAGCUCUCUCUUCCUCUUACUGGGCCACCCCUCCCAUGUUCGGUGCUCUCACUGCCCGCCGUUACUUCUUCGGAGGCGAGGCCAGUGUUAAUUUUUGCCUUGCUGGCGACCAAGUUCUGCUUCCUGCGUGUGGAGGAUUGGCUUCUCAGACACGCCUCGAUCUCCGCCAGCUCUGUGAAACAUUUCUCGCCCUGUUUGUCUGCUCGGCAGCCAGUGAUUUAUAUCAAGCCAUUUGCUCCAUCUCCGGGCUCUCGGGAAUCGUCUAGAGUUUGAGAGGACCUUAGUCCCUGGAAAUCAUGUUACUCCCGGUGAUGGUCUGCUUUUGUCUGGCCCCGCUGCAACUUGUUGGGUUUAAUGUAGAGACCGAGAAUUCGGUGGUGUUCUCCCGGGACGACCUGUCACAGUUCGGCUACAGCCUCACCCUCUUCCGCGGUAGCAGUGACAACUGGAUCCUGGUGGGUGCGCCUCACUCAAAGGACGGGAAUGGAGUGCAGACGGGAGCCGUCUACAAGUGUCGGUACGGAAAGAUCAGCUGUGAAAAACUCAACCUUGGAGCUCCAAAAGGAACAAAUAAUCUCGGACUUUCGAUGACGGCAGGUGAUAAUCAAGCUCUUGUCUGUGCCCCACGGUUUACCUAUGAAUGUUACACAAACACUUAUAUCAAUGGAUUCUGCUACACCGUCGAUCGCCCACUGACCCAAUUUCCAAGGAUCCCUCGGGAACUUCCAGAAUGUCCUAGGGUCCUGAUCGACAUGGCGUUCCUGAUCGAUGGAUCCGGCAGCGUGGAUCGCGAGGAUUUCACCAGAAUGAAGGAUUUUGUGGAGGCCAUAAUGCAAAGGUUCAAAAACCAGGACACUCAGAUCGCAGUGGCUCAGUUCAGUGAGUACCCACGAAAGGAGUUUGAUUUUAACAAAUACAAUGCUGCUCCAAACAAAAAAAGGCUUUUGAACGAAAUUACUCAGCUUCGCAGCAUGACCGACACACCUCGCGGAAUUGUAUUUGUCGCUGACAACAUUUUCACAAGAGGCUCUGGUGCAAGGGACGCGGCAAAACGAAUACUAAUCACCAUCACCGACGGACAGUCACAAAACAGGAAUUUUAAACCAGCCAUCGACGCCUCAAAUCGAAAAAAUAUUAUCCGUUACGCCAUCGGGGUGGGGUCUGCGUUCAACAGCUAUCAAGCGGUGCAGGAGCUCGAGACGAUCGCUUCACGGAAGGACAAUGUUUUCCAGGUCACUGACUUUAAAGCUCUGGACAGCAUCAAGAAUCAACUGCAGGAAAAGAUAUUUGCAAUUGAAGGGACGAAUCAGAAGGGAGUCAGCUCGUUCCAAUUGGAGAUGGCUCAAGAAGGAAUUAGUUCGUUGGUGACGUCCAACGCUUUCGUCCUUGGGGCGGCUGGAGCGUACGACUGGUCGGGAGGGCUGUUUGAGUUCCGUUCGAACACCAAGGUCUUCAUCAACGAGACUCGACGCAAGGAGGACAUGAAAAAUUCCUACCUGGGAUACAGCUUGAAGGAGGCAAAGAGCCCGUCUGGAGCGUUUUACGUAGUGGGAGCCCCUCGCUACAAACACCGGGGCCUGGUCCUGGUCUACCCUCAGUCAAGGACACGAUCGACAUACACGGCGGAAAUUGAGUGGGAGCAGAUCGGCGCGUACUUCGGCGCGGAACUGUGCCCGGUGGAUCUGAAGGGAAAUGGAUUGACGGACCUGCUGCUGGUGGGCGCGCCCCUGCACAGGGGACAGGACACUGGGGGGACGGUACUUGUCUACAAGUUUCUACAGGGCACGUUGGACCUCCAAAUGCGCUUGACUGGUAUCCGGGGGGAGCCCCUGUCCCGGUUCGGGACGGCGAUCGCCCAGCUGGGCGACCUGAACGGGGACAGACUGUCGGACGUGGCGGUCGGGGCGCCCCUAGAGGACGAGAAGAGAGGUGGCGUCUAUAUCUAUCACGGGACGAGUACUGGGCUGAACUCGGUUCCCGCACAGCACAUCCGCUCGUCCGCCGUGCAGCCCGGCCUCCAGUACUUCGGCCGCGCCAUCCACGGCGCCCUGGACCUCAGCGGCGACAGUCUGGUGGACAUCGCGGUGGGCGCCAUGAACAAGGUCUUCCUCUUUCGGUCACGCCCAGUUGUGGAUAUCCGAGUACGCAUCACCUUCACCCCGGCCAAGAUCAAGUUAAAGGACGUGGACUGUCCGGAGAACGCUCCAGCGAAACCCACCGUGCAAAUGGAAAUGUGUUUCACCCUGACAGAACUCACCAAGAAACUACCAAAGAAACCGGACUUUAACCUGUUCACCAAGAUGGUGCUGGAUCCCAGCCGCAAGGUGCGCAGGGCCGAGAUCGCGAAGCUCCCGCCCCAAAACUUCACCCUCUCCCGUGGACAAUGCUUGCCGUUCAAGAUUGAGAUUCGGCUGGAGAACUGUAUCCAGGACACUUUCAACCCCAUUAUUUUGGAAACAUCUUACACAGCCGUUGGCAUUGGUUCUGGUUCCCUACCAGCGCCUGUCCUCAGUACCGGCAACACCGGGACCUGGACCGGCAAGUUACCGUUCGAGAAGGAGUGUGGGUCCGACAACGUAUGUACCGACAAACUGAAGGUGGACUUCAGCCUUUCCGGGACGCAGUACCUCGUGGUGGGCAGUCACACCACCCUCACUCUCGACGUCACGCUGGUGAACGCCGGGGAGGACUCCUACUUCACCAUGGUCACCUUCCUGAUACCGCGUGGAAUCUCCUUCAGAAAGACCAUGAUCAUCCAGUCCAGCCGCCGUUCAACUGUCAAGUGCGAGGAUGCCAAGGAGGAACCCACCUCGGUUUUCCGAAACAUGCACUGCCAGGUUAGCCAACCCGUCUUCCGGACCAACAACAUGGUGAAGUUCCAAACCACCUUCGACGUAAACUCCAAGGCCUCGUGGGAGGACACGGUGACGAUCAGCGCCAACGCUUCCAGUGAUAAUGAGGCCCGUGACACAAAGGACAGCUUCAAGGAGAUGAGAGUUGGUGUGAAAUAUGAGGUCAACGUGAUCGUCAAGGGCAUUCAGUCCACUCAGCACGUUAACUUCACCACCACUGCAGAGGACUCUAAGACCAUAUCUCACGCUUACAGGGUGGAGAACAUUGAUCAACGGAGUCUUCCCGUGAACAUCAGCUUCUUAAUCCCCAUGAGAAUCAUGCACGGACUGAGCUGGGAGAACGUGAAACUGGAGACAUCCUGGCAUGGAGUCAAACCUUGCCAACAGCUAGACUGGACACCAGACAAGACACAGAGGAUUGGACAGAAAUGCAAUAAAACUGUUUGUGACUUAUUCCUCUGCACCAUCCAACUACUGAGAUACAAAGAGCAUCCCGUCUUCAACAUCACCGGCAACAUCACCUGGGAAAACCCCGCAAAGGUUAAACCACAGGAGAUCAGAAUGGUCAGUUUCGCCAUGGUCAGUUACGACGAAAGCAAAUAUAUUCACGUCUCGCAGGCCACAACUCGCUUCAAGACUGCAUCGAUCACUACCAGGGUGGAGAUCACGGAGAAGGUCAACCUGUUGCCCCUGAUCGUGGGAAGCUCGGUGGGCGGGCUGGUCCUGCUGCUCAUCACCGCUGGCAUUCUAUACAAGGUCGGCUUCUUCCGCAGAGAUCUCAAGGAGAAGCUGGAGGCGGCCGCGGAGGACGGGGCGGGCGGUGGAGGUCCAGCCGAGCCCGGGGCCCCCCAGGGGUGAAGAGCCAGGAGUUGAGGGGUCCGGGCGACUUACCCCCCCCACCCCGAACACCCAUGUCUCUACCCCCAACCCCACCCGCUCACAUAGAAAGUCCUGGGAUCAGGCUGUUCACCCUUGCUCCCCAUGCACAGCCAGCCACCCAAUCGACCUCACUGCCUCUUCCCACCUCCCGCUUGUGGGCAGGGCUCCAGUCCCCGGAGGGUCGCGAGGGAUUUCCCCCCUCCCCACACCCCUCAUACCAAUUCACCCCUCCCACCCCACUCCCUUACAUCCUUCUCAUAAAUCACUUCACUUUCUAAAUCCCCUUUUAAAACUACUCAAUCUGAAAACCCAUUUCGAAAGGUAUCAUUUCUUUAUUAAAAUCUCCUAUUCAUGACGUCUCCUUUUAAAACACUCAUGCAUUCUCUAUGAAAAUCUCUCGCUCUGUAAACCUCACUCUCACCCAAAACCACUUUCAAAUCACCCUUGCUUUUGAAACUCAAAUCUCUCUCAUUCUCUGAAUGCCCAGUUAAAACCUCUAAUUCCCUGAAUUGUCCUUUAAAACCAGUAACACCCUGAACCCAGGACCAACAACACUGGAGCAGAAUUACUAACAGGGGAAAAUCUGCAGAUGCUGGAAAUGCAAAGCAACACACACGGAAUGCUGGAGGAACUCAGCAGGCCAGGCAGCAUCUAUGGGAAAUAGUGGGGGUUUCAGGCCGAGACCCUUCAUCUGGACUGGAGAAAAAAGAUGAGAAGUCGGAGCAAGAAGGUUGGCGGAGGGGAGGAAGAAUUACGAGGUGGAAACUGGGAGAGGUGGAGGAGUGAAGUAAAGAGCUGGGAACUUGAUUGGUGAAAGAGAUACAGGGGUGGAGAAAUGCAAUCCGAUAAGACAGGAUAAAAGGUGAGAGAGGGAAAGAGGAAUGUUGAAGGGCAGAAGCAGUACUGGAAGUUCAUGAAAUCGAUGCUUGUGCCAUCAGGUUAGAGGUUACCCAGAGGUGUUGCUCCUCCAACCAGAGUGUGGCCUCAUCGCGACAGUAGAGGAUGGACAUGGAUGGACAUGUCCGAAUGGGAAUAGGAAGUAGAAUUAAAGUGUGUGGCCACUGGGAGAUCCCACUUUUCCUGGCGAAUGCAGUGUAGGUGCUCAGCUCAAUCUACGUUGGGUCUCACUGAUACACAGGAGGUCACACCGGGAGCACCGGACACAGUAUAUGAUCCCCAACAGACUCACAGGGGAAGUGUCGCCUCACUUGAACGGAAUGUUUGGGGGCCUGAAUGGUAGUGAGGGAGGAUGUGAGGGGCAGGUGUAGCACUUGUUCAGCUUGCAAGGAUAAGUGCCAGGAGGGAGAUCAGUGGGGAGAGGCAAAUGGACAAGGGGGUUGUGUAGGGAGCGAUCCCUGUGAAAAGCAGAGGAGGGGGAGGAGCAGAUGUGCUUGGUGUUGGGAUCCCGUUGGAGAUGGCAGAAGUUAGGGAAAAUGAUGUGCUGGACGCAGAGGCUGGUGGGGUGGCAGGUGCGGACAAGAGGAACCCUCUCCUUGGUGGGGUGGCAGGAGGAUGGGUAAGACCAGAUGUGUGUGAAAUGGAAGAGAUGCAUGUGAGAGCACCGUGGAUGGUGGAGGGAGGGAAUUCCCUUUUUUUGAAGGAGACGGACAUCUCCUUAGUUUUAGAAUGAAAAGCCUCAUCCUGACAGGAAAUGCAGCGGAGACAAUGGAAUUGAGAGAAGGGGAUGGCAUUCUUAGCCAGCAGAAUUAAGCCAUUUGGCCCAUCGAGUCUGCUCCACCAUUUGAUCGUGGCUGAUUCAUUAUUCCUCUCAACCACAUUCUCCUGCCUUCUGUCAGUAACCUCUGACACCCUUACUAAUUAAGAACUUAUCAACAUCUACUUUAAAUAUAUCCAAAUGACUUGGCAUCUACAGCCAAAUAUGACAAUGAAUUCCACAGGUUGUCUACCCUCUGGGUAAAGAAAUUCCUCCUCAUCUCUGUUCUAAACCUUUUAAAACUACUUUGCUUCUACUAUGAAAAUGUUUCUCUCUCUUUAAAUCCCCCUUUAAAUCCACUCUUCUUCUCUAAAUCCCUUUUUGCAGUAUCUCUUGCCCUCCAUCCCAAUGUAAAGACACACUUUCUAAAUCCUCUUAAAAUUCCUUCCUGCUCCCAAAUCCUCUUUAGAUGCCUCUCUCUCUCUCUCUCUCUCUCACCAAAUUCUCUUUAAAGCUUCCCUCACUCCUCCCGUCCCUUUCUAGAUCUUUCUUGGUCCACAGGUCCUUUGUAUUCCUCAGUCUCCAAACCUCCUAAAGAGGACAGCCCAUUCUUUUACACCCCACCCUCCUUGUUCCAAGAACCCCUCUACCACUCUGCAAUCUGCUUGCAAGUUACCCCACAUCCCCUGACCUGCUCUGAAGCUUCCCGUUCUGCAAGAUACUGGCAAAGAAGGACUCGCUACUCGGCCACCUUUUUGGACGAGAGCCCCAGACUGGGGCUUGCAACCCAAAAAUUCCAGACGUAGGCUGGAAGAAGUAUUCAUGACACCUUCUCAGUGGAACUUGGGGCUACCUCUGCCUUCUUCCCCCUUAAGGAAAUCUCCUCAGGGCUGAGAAACGUCUAGCUCCUCUCACCAGCACCCAAGUCCCUCUUGCCCUGUCAAAAUUUCGUAUGUCAACAAUCACAUUGCAGCCCUGACCUCCGGCCACAAAGUAGCGCUGUGGUUACGAUGACUGGUACCUACAGGAUGAGAGGAAGGAAGUGCAGAACCCACACCCACCAAGGGGCAAGAGAUUUGGGCUUCAAUGCCCCCUACGGUUCAGUCUGCAACAUCCCCUACGGGAUGGUCGGAGGAAUCCAUGCCCAUCACCGGACGGGAGGCUGGGCCAUGGCACACCCAAGGGAUGGGUAGAGGGAAGUGCAGAGCCUUCCUGAAUCUUUGCCAGGGCAGGAAAAUGCAACACGGCAGAGAAGCGUUCUUUAUAAAUGUACAUUUUUAUUAGCAGGCCAAUUAUUUGGGGAUUUGUGAAUUAUAUACAAUGAUUGUUUGGCACAGAAAAAUGUAUAAUAAUAAAAGAAUUUUUUAAAAAGAGUCCUAAGGCAGCGUCUCGUCCAUAGCAUUCAUGGUCCCUCUAUCCCCGGUGCCAAUGCUGGCCCAAAACCCACAGACUCUGCUCAAACUGCUCCCGGGGGCAGAGGGAAUGGGGAAGGAAGAAGGUGGGAUGAGGAGGGAAGGAGCAGGAAGAGGUGAGGAGAGGGAAGGGGAAGGAU